UCUACUACACUUAUGUCAUACAGGUUACAUGGUUAGGACUUUAUUGUUAUGUUCCAGUGCUGAUCUUGCUAUGUAGGUAUGAGGCUGUCUCCAUGAGGACUCUCCAAACUCCUGAAGAGGUCUACCGCUGAGUGUUUUGAAGACACCUGGAUUUAAGGACUCCCUGUUUUAAUUUAUUACUCUUGUCUUCCUCAACACCAAGACAUGGUGCUCUGGAUUAUUUUCCCCAUCUCCCUCUCCCUGGUGUCCUUCAUUGGAACAUGGGCUGUAUAUGGCCUGGCCUUCUCCAACAAUCAUGUGUGCUCUCUCAGUGACUGGGGAGCUGACCACUACUGCAGAGGGAAUCAGUCCACUGGAUGUUGCCUUGCUCCCACUAUAAGCUCAAGUGGAACUAGUGCGCCAGAAAAUUCCCUUUUUACAGCAACAAUCAACGCAGGAUCCUUUCUAUUUCUGCUGUUCUGUAUAUUCCACCAUGCUCAUAUUAUGGAGAGACAUGCAUGUCAUUCCAUGCUGAGCAAGUUUGCUCUGGUCUUUGGUGUGGUGGCAGCCUUGGGGGCAUUCGCAGCUGGCAACUGUAAUCCUGGUUACCUGUCACUGCUUCACUACCUCGGAGCUGCCAUCAGUUUCAUGUGCAUCUGCUUCUACACUGUUCUGCUCACCGCGCUGACCAGGAAGUGUUCGCUGACAGGCUAUGAGAAGGUUCUCUACCCACUACGUAUCAUCUCCACUGUGGUUCAAACCAUUGUCACCAUCUGCUAUACUAUUUUGUUUGCCCAGGACGAGUACUUCUACGUUCACUUGUCUGCCAUAUUCGAGUGGAUGCUCAGUGUCAACCUGGAGCUGUUCGAGCUCAGCUACGCUGUGGAGUUUUGCUUCUUCUCAUCCUUCAUGCUUUCAAACCUGUUGAGCAAACGAGAGGAAGAAAAGCCUUUGAUGAUGACUUUGUCCUGAUAUAAGGCUGCCAGGGUCCAGCUGAAGCACACAAGCAAUGAGGAGCGACUGAGUAAGAGGUCUGUAAAGACCGUAGCUGGAUCGUGGCUGGGAGACCAAUAAUUUUUUUCUAUCACUCUUGCAGGGAUGGAUUUAUAUCCAUUUAUGAACUAUGACCACUUAUUCUAAUUCUUGAUACUGUAAAAUUUUCUUUACUGGGGAUUUCCGUUCAUUAGGUAAAACAUUCCUUAUUUAUUGAAAGAACUAGCUUGCACAGCAAAUGAACAAAACACAGCAGUCGUAUUAUACUUUUACACAAGCCAUGUUGCUGCUUUGCCAUUAGAACAAUUAAUCUGAGGUGUCCAUACACCUGUUUAUGUGUUAAUGUUUGUGCAAUCAUUUUUAUUACGUGUUAACAUUAUCAACAAUUUAAAUCAGAAUUGCUCACCAGGUACAUGAAGAAGGACCAAAAGUCAUGAAAAGCUCACUGUUAGCUUAACAUUAAGUUUAUUUAAUGGAUCUAAGCAUUUGUGUAGAAGUUUAGCACUUAAAUAAAAAUAUGAUCACUGUACACACUGAAAAGCCCUGUUAUUGUGAUUGAUACACAAACUUUAAAGCUCUAUCACCAGGGUGGAGGAUGUCUAAAUCCACCCAUUCAGACAAGUCCCUGUGACAUCACAAGAUCCUGUUUAACGGGAUUAAGGUCCGCUCAAUGUAUUUCACUGUAUGUGUGCCUCAGAGGACAAACAAGUGAGGUUUUCUGAAUCUAAUUCACUUUUUUAAAGCAAGUUAAAGGCUCUGAAUUUAUUCAUCUGUUUCUUGUGGGGUCCUAUGAGUUCUUUAUUUGUGGUCUUGUCCUUGUUUUUCCCCUCAUUAGUUUCACAUAUCUCCAUGCACCAUUAGACAGCUGAAGUCAAACAGGAACUUUAAGGUUCCAUUCCUGGCAGCUGCCACCCAUAAAAAAAAUACCUGGCCAACCCAGUUUGCUGUCAAAUGCUCUCAUAUUUAACAUAUCAAUUAGUUUAAAAUAACAUGUUAAAAAAAUUAGAUUAAUCAUUUGUUAUGGCCAAAUCUUAGACUAUGUGAUAGUUAGCUAAAGUUAAAUAAAAAAAAGAUGUUUUUAGAUAGACCAAUGAAAUUAAUGAAUGCUGAAUGAGAGAUUAUACUGAGUACACAGGAUAGCCCAGAUGUGGCAUCAUGACUUUAGCUCUCUAUCAGGGUUUAGCAACAUUUCAAUGAUCAGGGUCCUGAAGCAGAUUAGUUCAGUUUUUCUGAACUUUAAUUAUUGCUCAUUUAAUGUUGUAAUAUUGUAAGAAACCUUACAAUUUGAAACCAGGUUUUAAAGGGUCU